CCCACACGCUGCAACCCAUGAACCCACUGCAACAAUACGGUUCGUCAUCGCCGAAACACAGCAUCGAUUCUAUUCAGCCGUGGUAGUCAUGAUUUAGCGCGGGCCACAGCGGUUGCGAGUUUUCUUUUCUUGGCUUGUGGCUGUCCCUUGUCUGAGCACACACCCUGCGCACCCAAACCAUCUAUCCGCGGACUCUGGAUCCUGUUAUAUAGAGCCAUCGCCCAUCACCACAACAAGACUGUCUUCCGGAUCUAAGUACACAGUAUCCUACUCGAAUACAAAUGUAACAAUCUCUAUUCACACAGACAACUCCCCCUUUAUAUUCCACAACUACUAUUUACAACACCCUGUCGACCUACUCCCUUACCCGCCAGAUCCUCCAAAAAUGACGUCAAUGGAAGCAGAGUCCGUAGCGACCAUCCUCUGCACCUCCAAGCAGACUAGGUUCCACGUCGAGACUACAAAUUAUAGAGAGCUUGACGUGGAUGGCCUCACUAUUGUGGUGGGUAGCGGCUCCAAGCCUGCAUCAAAGCUUAAGUCUCGUUCCAAAGCAGCCCGUGGCGACGGUCUCGAAAUCCUCAAUGACGCCCAAUUAAAGCUGAAAGAAGGCCAAAGAUAUGCCUUGAUCGGACGCAAUGGCACUGGCAAGUCAAGUACGCAUCUCUACCCCCUUCCAUGCUUGGCCAGCUUUAUUUACUCGUGUCUCUUAUAAUAGCAUUGCUGAGAGCAAUUGCUGAUAAACUGAUCCCCGGCAUCCCUGAGGGCACGAGAAUGGCUAUUCUCCAGCAAACAAGAUUAUCCGACGAAGACGAAGAUUCCACCGUCAAAGAUAAACCUCAAGAUUCGAUUACUACUCUUGAGGAGGUAAUUGAGAAAGCCACUUUUCGAAAUGUUGUCGAGCAAGAAAUAAAAAUUCUUUCUCAAGGAGUCGACUCUACCAAUGCAUUUGCACCGCUUCGUGCAUUGCGACGUCUGAAGCAUGAGAGAAUUCAGAAGAAUCACUUUCUCUUGGACAAGGACGCUCGUUUGCGAAGUGGUGAACGAGGACUGGCAGCAAGAAAAACCCUUGUUGCUUUCGAAGCGGUAGUUGCCGAGUCUGAAGCGCUGAUGCAGCAGCCGGAAAGCGAAAUCUCUCCGGAAACGCUGCAAACAGAAAUACAGGAAGCCGCUGAUAUGCUCGCGGACCUCCAGCUUCAGGUUGAACCGACAAAGGUCACCGAAAUUGAAGCCAAGGCGAAGAAGAUUUUGACUGGUCUAGGAUUCACGGAUGUUACAAUGCAAAAACCUCUGAGCAGUCUCUCUGGAGGUUGGCAUAUGCGUGCAAGUCUCGCCGUGGCACUCCUCCAAGAUGUUGAUAUUCUCAUCCUCGAUGAACCAACCAACUUCUUGGACUUGCUGGGCAUUAUAUGGCUACAGAAACAUCUGGAGUCUCUGGAAGAUGUGGAAAAGGCACCAACCCUCAUUCUAGUGUCCCACGACCGCGACUUUACCCUGCUCUGUACCGACCUGAUGAUUCUCAAGGAUAAGAAGCUCACGUACUUCCACGGCGAUUUGCCAACUUAUGAAUCGUCACAAUCAGAAAGAAAAGCGUGGCUCAUAAAGAUGAAAGAAGCCCAGAAGAAACAGCGAGCCCAUAUGGAAAAGACUAUCGCCAACAAUCUCAAGGCCGGCAAAGCUAAUGACGACCAGAACAAGAUUCGACAGGCUAAGUCCCGCCAAAAGAGGCUAGAUGAUCGCAUGGGCAUGCAGAAGAACGCUCGAGGUGGAAGAUUCAGACUGAACGAUCAGGCAGGAUACUUCUAUACCCAGCGACAGGAAAUCGAAAUUCCUCCAGACGAUCCACCCGUCAUCAUUGUGCUUCCCGAACCGCCAGACCUUCGGUUCCCAGGCUCCCUCCUAUCACUUGAAAAGGCCAGCUUCAGAUAUGCACCGAAGCUACCCUUAAUUAUCCAAGGUGUCAACCUCACUAUUGGUAUGGGUGAUCGUGUCGGCAUCUUGGGACUCAACGGGUCCGGCAAAUCAACACUGAUUAAGUUACUCGUGGACGAAUCGCGGCCUUCUGUUGGAACCGUGACUACACAUCCUCGCCUACGAUUAGGAUACUACUCGCAGCACGCGGUAGAAGCAUUGAAGAAGCUCGGAAAGGAAGACGAAACUCUCACUGCCCUUAGUCUAUUAACCAAGGAGGUAGAUGGGGCUCUGAAAGAAGGAGAAAUCCGUGGUCUCCUUGGAGAACUUGGUCUUCCUGGCCGCUUUGCAUCCGAUGUGCCUAUUGGCAAACUGUCUGGCGGCCAGCUUGUGCGAUGUGAGCUGGCUCGUCUCUUUUGGCAGCGCCCCCACUGCCUAGUUCUUGACGAAGUCACUACCCAUCUCGACUACGAGACUGUCACUGCUCUGCGAGAGGCCUUGAGUGACUGGGAGGGUGCUGUUGUGUUAGUUAGCCACGACAGAUGGUUCAUGCGCGGUGUCAUCGAAGGCCAGAUUGACGAAGAAGAUGAAGACGGUAGCAUCAGCAGCGAUGAGGAAGAUAAGCCGUUUAGACGGCGGGUAGUGUACCGACUUUUGAAGGGCGAGCUGGUGACAUUGGAGAAUGGCGUGGACGAAUUUGAACGUAUUAUGGAGAAGCGGGUGAUUAAGCUGCAAAACUCAUAAUUGCAGUUUUCAUCAUUUGCGUACUGUAUGAUAUAUAACCGACUUUUAAUUCUAAGCGGAAGCAACGCUUGCAUCUACAAAAAUUUUGAGCCUCGGUACCUGUUCCUUCUUGACUGUCAUAGAGCCUCCUUUGGGCAGCUCUACUAUGCUUCCGUCAAUGCAUACCUUGCGCCACCUUGGAGUUUCCUCUGUAGUGGUUAUGCGAACUUCUUCAAUUUCUUCAUAACCAACCUCUUCACCAUCUUCCCAUUUCAUGCCGACAUGUUUGCCAUUAUCAUAGGCUUUCAUCAUGACUUCCAUGGUUCUUUCGCCACCAAUGGCACCAAAAUGAAUCAACUUGAGCGUGCCAUCCAAGGGCUCACUGUCCGGCGCGAUGGUGAAUGUCUUCUCAAGGUUAGAGACCAUGGCUACAAGAAUAUAGGCAUGGCUUGCUCGUGCCACAGGCUUGAAGUCACCACCGGGCGCUCGAACCUCAAGCGUUGCGAGGUACGGAUGUGACUCUUUCAAGAGAUUUCCAGCAACCAUACCGAAACGCUUGUCCCCGUGCGCACGAUACUCUGGAGUAUCGCUCUCAUAGAGAAUGCUGGCGUGGAAUCCAUAACUUGCCACAAUGGUGCCAUACAUGCGUGAGACUUGCGAGUCCUGGCUUGUCGCCGCUCCGUCUUCCGCUUGCGCCUGAGCCGUGAAUGAUGUCUUGACAGAGCCGUCGGAAAAGCUAGCACGGAAGUAGGGCAGAUCAACUGUCGAUCCUAGAAACAGCGUACGUAGUGCAUGUACGGUUUGCGAUGCUUUCGACUUGCUGUAUAGCGGGCGAUGGGAUGAGUGGAAGAUGGCGUUGCCAGUGCCAAAGGGCAAUACGGCCAGGAGCGGAAGCGGAGCGUCAGCCUUGGGGGUAUAGUUGUUUAGUAGAUCGAUGAUGCCGCCAUCUCCGGAUAUAACCACCACUGUAUUAUGGCGGGAGUCUCUGGAGCUCAGGUUCUUGGCAACGUUGGCAACACUGUGCUCGUCUUUGGUGAUGACGACGUUUGCUGCUAGGCUGGACCCUGUCAACUCUUCCGAUACUCGUGAUAGUAGAGGCUGUAGAAUAGAUCCCCAGAAUGGCAGUGCUUUCCCUGUACCAGCCCUUGUUGAAACGACAAUGUCUAAUGAGUGGUCGUCUUUGUGCGUAAGAUGCUGCGGAAAGCUGGCGAGGACCCGGCUGGACGGGGUAUCAAUCGGGAGGGAGGCGGCAGAAUGGAAGCUAAGUUUGAAAGGGCUCUCUUUAUUCUCCUCUUCUUCCGAUAGCACGCAAACUAGGUAUUCCUGCUUUGAGGCCGCUUGGAUGAAGAAGAGGAGCUCGUCGGGACAUAUUGAGCUUGUUUCGCCCCGCGUGCUAGUGACGGAUAUGGCAGGGGCAUCCAUUUUGAAGCCGGACUUUUUUAUUUAUGCUAUAGUAUAAGCAGUCGAGGAUUGUCUGGUAAAAUAGGGUAUAUUUUAGUGCAGGAAUAAAAAGUUGCACCGGGUGGGUGUAGAGUGAUUAAAAUGCUAGCGUGGA